AUGAACCGCGGCCACCCUCACGGGGUGAGCAACGGCUGCCUGGGCACCAUGGAGGUGAAGAGCAAGUUUGGAGCCGAGUUUCGUCGCUUUUCGCUGGAAAGAUCCAAACCUGGAAAGUCUGAGGAGUUUUAUGGGCUGCUGCAGUAUGUUCACAAGAUCCCCAAUGUCGCCGUGCUGGUGGGCUACGCGGACAUUCACGGGGACCUGCUGCCCAUAAACAACGAUGACAACUACCACAAGGCCGUUUCCACCACCAACCCACUGCUCAGGAUUUUUAUACAGAAGAAGGAAGAAGCUGACUACAGUGCCUUUGGUACGGACACCCUGAUCCGGAAGAAGAACGUACUGAGCAACGUGCUACGUCCUCACAACCAUAGGAAGAAGCCCCACAUCGUCAUCAGCGUGCCUCAGGACUUCCGGCCGGUGUCGUCCAUCAUAGAUGUGGACAUCCUCCCGAAGACCCACCGGAGGGUCCGGCUGAAGCCCCUGGGUUUCUACAUCCGUGACGGCUCCAGUGUCCGGGUGACACCGCAUGGCUUAGAGAAAGUCCCCGGGAUCUUCAUAUCCAGGCUCGUCCCCGGGGGUCUGGCCCAGAGCACAGGACUGCUCACUGUCAAUGAUGAAGUUUUAGAAGUAAACGGUAUAGAGGUGUCCGGGAAGAGCCUGGACCAGGUGACCGACAUGAUGAUAGCCAACAGCCACAACCUCAUCAUCACUGUGCGGCCAGCCAACCAGAGGAACAACGUGGUGAGGAACAGUCGGACUUCUGGCAGCUCCAGCCAGUCUACCGACAACAGCCUGCUGGGCUACCCGCAGCAGGUGGAAGCCAGCUUUGAGCCAGAGGACCAGGAUAGCGAUGAGGACGACAUCAUCAUCGAAGACAGUGGCGAGCCACAGCAGAUCCCGAAGGCUGCCCCUGAUGCCCAGAGCCUGGAGUCCCUGACCCAGAUCGAGCUCAGCUUUGAGUCAGGGCAGAACGGGUUCUCCCCGACACAGGACCCGGUGCCUGUGCCCAGCAGCCUGGACACAGAGUUUGAACCCUGGGCUCCAGACCAGAGACUUUUAGAGGAAGACGGCACGCUUCAUAACAUUGUGAAGCCACGUGUGUUUUCCAGGUGCUACAGAUGUGGCACGAGACUGGCACUCUGGGCCUCAGUGUUCCGUGGGCAAGCCUAAGGCGUGGCUGGAAUGGGUGGCUGCUGGCGGACUGAUGGUGCAUGUGAGAGGCCUGGC